AAUCAGUCACUCGGUUCCGUCCACCUUCCCUGGCUUAGGAGCUAUUUCCUCCUCCCUAAAAAGGGAGGCAAUCCUGUCUGCUCCGCCUAACUCGCAGAGUUGUGCUAAGAACCCAGUGCGCCUUAUGGGAAAGGCAGAUUAAAAACCAAGAAACAUCAACCAGAAGCAUCAGUUUCUUGACAUGGAGAACCAAGCCAAUAAUACAGUGGGGGUGGGGACCCUACCACAACCACAGCCAUCUGAUAAAGAUCUGCUCUUAGCUUCUCCUUGUGAGGCCGAACUUCAGGAAUUAAUGGAACAAAUUGACAUCAUGGUAAGCAACAAAAAAUUGGACUGGGAAAGGAAAAUGCGGGCUUUGGAGACACGAUUAGAUCUUCGGGAUCAAGAGUUGGCAAAUGCACAAACUUGUUUGGAUCAGAAGGGUCAAGAGGUGGGGUUACUUAGACAGAAAUUGGACAGUCUGGAAAAAUGUAACUUAGCAAUGACUCAGAAUUACGAAGGACAACUACAAACCCUGAAAGCUCAAUUUUCCAAACUGACGAAUAGCUUUGAGAAACUGAGACUACACCAGAUGAAACAAAGUAAAGUUCGGAGAAAAGAAUUACUGCACCCCAGAGAAGAAAUACCCUUUGAACUGAGCAAUCUGAACCAGAAAUUAGAGGAAUUUAGAGCAAAGUCAAGAGAAUGGGACAAGCAAGAGAUACUGUAUCAGACUCAUCUGGUUUCUUUAGACGCUCAACAAAAAUUAUUAUCUGAGAAGUGUAAUCAAUUUCAGAAACAGGCACAAAGUUACCAAAUUCAACUGAAUGGUAAAAAACAGUGCAUAGAAGACAGCAGCUCAGAAGUUCCUCAGUUGAUGUGCGAACCGGAUCACAGUUGUGAAGCCAGUGAAAGAGAUGAGUUCAUUAUUGAAAAACUAAAAUCAGCUGUGAGUGAAAUAGCAUUAAGCAGGAAUAAAUUACAGGAUGAAAAUCAGAAGCUUUUGCAAGAACUGAAAAUGUACCAAAGACAGUGCCAGGCCAUGGAAGCAGGACUCUCGGAAGUGAAAAGUGAGUUACAGUCACGUGAUGAUCUCUUGAGAAUUAUAGAAAUGGAACGAUUACAGCUGCACAGGGAAUUAUUAAAAAUAGGAGAGUGCCAAAGUACUCAUGAAAAUAAGAAAAGACAUGAAUCAUCUUACUCACCUUCGACUAAAGAACCAGAAAGGAAAAGGAAAGAGUUGUUUUCAGUGAUCCUAGAUCAGCCAAAUCAUGAAAAAGAGUUGAACAAGAUACAUCCUGAAAUGUUUAAAGAUGAAAUGAAAAGAAAAUCAGUUUUAGAAAUAAGAAGCCAACUGUAUCAGGAGGAAGAGUGCCAUGGUUCUGAGCAGGAAAGAAUGAGGAAUGAAAUCUCGGACCUAACAGAGGAACUUCAUCAGAAGGAGAUCACUAUAGCAACUAUCAUGAAGAAAGCUGCCUUUCUGGAAAGACAGUUAAAAAUGGAGUUAGAAAUAAAAGAAAAAAUGUUAUCAAAACAGCAGGUAUGCAAGCGGGCAGGACAGCACUUGUCCAGGUCACUGUCUUGCUCGGCUCUGAUAGUCUCAGACAUGAGAUACAAAGCUGUCAGAACUGAAAACACACACCUGAAAGGGAUGAUGGGAGAUUUGGACCCCGGACAGUACAUGACAAGUGAAAUCACUGACAUUAAGAGUUUGGACUUCACUAACAGGGAACAUUCGAGGCAUACGUCUAUUAACAAACUGGAACACGAGAAUGAAAGGCUCCGAAAUGAUCUUGCAAAACUUCGCUCCAAUGGCAAAUCAGCAUGGGCCAAUCAAAAUACCUAUGAAGAAAUGGGACGGUACACCUAUCAAAACCAAAUGAAAAUGGAAAAAAAUGAAGAUAGACUUAGCCAAGACCGGGAGCCCAACAGAAGUGUGACACCUCCUCUGCCGCCUUUGCCAUUUCAAACCAGAGAAAUGACAAGUCCCCUGGUUAGCGAUGACGAAGUGUUCCCACUGUCUCCCCCAGAUAUAGUCUUCCCAGCCUCUUUGGCUGCACAGCAUUUCCUUCUGGAGGAAGAGAAGCGAGCAAAAGAAUUUGAAAAACUUCUAAACACACAUAUUGAUGAACUGCAAAAACAUACAGAAUUCACUCUUAAUAAAUACACCAAGCUAAAACAAAAUAGACACAUUUGAGCUUUUAAACUCUUUUAUUUGCUUCCCCCACCCCGAGGAAAAAAAAAAAAAAAGCUCUGGCAAAAUAUUUACAAACCUGGAUAAUGAAACUGAGAAAUUUUGUUCUGUUUUCUUGAGUAAAUCAUUUCUGUUAGGCAGCUAGAAAAUAGGUAUUUUGUUCGAGAAAGCUGUUUGUAUUUCUGCAUUAACAUAAUAAAUUCUUUGGCUAUAGAGUUACUAUUGAAAAAACAUGACUACUCCAAAAGAGAUUUUUUUUUUCCAGUCUAAAGAAUAUUUUGGAAUUAAAUAUGGAGUUUUUUCCCCCACUUGAAUCAUGUAUACUGAAAACCCAUUUCCUCCGUAACAACAUAAAACGAGGGAAAGGGAAAAUGCUGCAUUUCGAAUAUCCAGGGCAGCUCAGUUGUACUAGGUUUGAAAACUCAAGAAUUUUUCCAGAUGAAACAACCUUACUUUGAGCUCUGUAAACAUCCGAAAUUUCUGUUCGAAAUUUCUUGUAGAAAUAGCUUUACCGGUUCUACGAUCAUCCUUGUAAUGUCUCUCUGUUUUAACACAAUUAAGACAUGGAAUGUGCUGUUUACACAUUUGAAAUGUAUGUACCAGCCAGAGAUUAAUGCUUUCCUGUAAGUACUACUUACUUCACGGAAAUGAACAAGACAAAGAAGAUCUAAAACAUUGCUGCUGUUACAAUCUUCCUUGUAAUACCUCUGUUUUUAAUAUAAUAAAGCGAUGUGAAAUUCUGUGAAUGAAAACUUAAAUGCCUAAUCUCGAUGCAACAGUAAUAACAUGGUAGUGGGCAAUAAAAUUCAAGUUACAAAUACA